AGCUGGUUUACCAACACAUCUGAAGCAAAUCACAGUCAUACUUCUAUUCUAACCAAGCAUGGCAACAAGGUGAUUGAACAGCUUUCCAAAACUACCAGAGCAGCAGGCACUUGCACAGGCUGCUGUGAGAUCAGCACUUCAUAAAUCGUGCAGGCUCCCGGCCAUUUAGAUGAUCUCUCUAUGCAGAAUCGGCAGUCUAACACUGGCUCUCCCAAGCAUUAAAAAAUCAUCACUCUGCUAACCCAACUCACUGUUCAGACGGGUCUUCUUGAAUGCAGCCUUUAUUACAACCUCACUGCUGCCUCCUACACUGAAGGAAUACCAUGUUUUUAAGUCAGGAGUUCUUCUUUCUCGCUUUAUUAUAAUCAGGGGGUCUUGCAGCGACCCCGACGCUGUUACAAAGCACAGUGCUUUAUAACAGUAAAGCUUCUGGAAAACCCAAACAAAAGACACGUCACCCGGUGACGUCAGCCUAUAUACAGUUCUGUGUGGUCGCAGCACAUAAGCAAAUCCAUUCUUGUGCCGUUUCUCGGAAAAGCUUUUCAGUAAAUGCACUCAUGCUGCUCCAGGAGCUCUUCUCUGCAACAAGCCGCCCAUCUGCCAUCAACAAGUUAAGACCGGGAGAACUAAGGGCUGCGGAAAGGACAGCCUGAAGCUUUGAUGGACCAGCUGAGCAGUCCGAGGAGGACGAGAUUAAUACCUUACAUUCAAAACUGACUGAGGGAUCAGAGUGGUCGCCGAAAAUGAAACCAAUGCUCUCGAGAGGAAUCUCCUAAGGAAAAAACAACUCAGGCUGGCGGCUUCAAUUUCACUCGGAAAGCCUGGGACACAGCACACAGGAAACUGGUCAAAGGCUCCUGCAUGUUAGAGCCUUUUACAGACUCACUGCGUUGAGUCUGACAACCGCGACUGAAUGCAGCCUCCAAUGUGCUCAGAAGAAUGGGCUUACAUUUCAAGUGGCCAUUAGGGGCCCCUAUGCUGGCAGCAAUAUAUGCAAUGAGUAUGGUUUUAAAAAUGUUGCCUGCCCUGGGUAUGGCGUGUCCACCCAAAUGCCGCUGUGAGAAGCUGCUCUUCUACUGCGACUCUCAGGGCUUCCACUCAGUGCCAAACACCACAGACAAGGGCUCUCUGGGCCUGUCCCUGAGGCACAAUCACAUCACAGAGCUCGAAAGGGAUCAAUUUGCCAGCUUCAGUCAACUCACCUGGCUCCACUUAGACCACAAUCAAAUAUCAACAGUGAAAGAAGAUGCUUUUCAAGGACUCUAUAAACUUAAGGAAUUAAUCUUAAGUUCCAACAAAAUAUUUUAUUUGCCAAACACAACUUUUACCCAACUGAUUAACCUGCACAAUUUGGACCUGUCUUUUAAUCAGCUGUCAUCUCUGCACCCGGAGCUCUUCUACGGCCUCCGCAAGCUGCAGACCUUGCAUUUACGGUCCAACUCCCUGCGGACUAUCCCAGUGCGCCUGUUCUGGGACUGUCGUAGUCUGGAGUUUCUGGAUUUGAGCACGAACCGUUUGCGAAGUUUGGCUCGCAAUGGAUUUGCGGGAUUAAUCAAAUUGAGAGAGCUUCACCUAGAGCACAACCAGCUGACCAAGAUUAAUUUUGCUCAUUUCCUACGGCUCAGCAGUCUGCACACUCUCUUCUUACAGUGGAACAAAAUUAGCAACCUGACCUGUGGGAUGGAGUGGACCUGGGGCACUUUAGAAAAGCUAGACCUGACCGGAAAUGAAAUAAAAGCCAUCGACUCGACAGUGUUUGAAACGAUGCCUAAUCUUAAAAUACUGCUCAUGGAUAACAACAAGUUAAACAGCCUCGAUGCCAAGCUCUUCAACUCCCUGACAUCCCUGACCACCGUCGGCCUCUCUGGCAAUCUGUGGGAAUGCAGCCCUCGAAUAUGUGCUUUGGCCUCCUGGCUGGGCAGUUUCCAAGGUCGGUGGGAGCACUCCAUCCUCUGUCACAGCCCUGACCACACCCAAGGAGAGGAUAUACUAGACGCAGUGCAUGGCUUUCAGCUCUGCUGGAAUUUAUCAACCACCGUCACUGCCAUGGCUACCACUUAUAAAGAUCCAACCACUGAAUAUACAAAACGAAUAAGCUCAUCCAGUUACCAUGUGGGAGACAAAGAGAUCCCAACUACUGCAGGCAUAGCAGUUACUACUGAAGAACACUUUCCCGAACCAGACAAUGCUAUCUUCACUCAGCGGGUAAUUACAGGAACAAUGGCUUUAUUGUUUUCUUUCUUUUUUAUUAUUUUUAUAGUGUUCAUCUCCAGGAAGUGCUGCCCUCCCACUUUAAGAAGAAUUAGGCAGUGUUCAAUGAUUCAGAACCACAGGCAGCUCCGAUCCCAAACACGACUUCACAUGUCAAACAUGUCAGACCAAGGACCAUACAGUGAAUAUGAACCCACCCAUGAAGGACCCUUCAUCAUCAUUAAUGGUUACGGACAGUGCAAGUGUCAACAGCUGCCAUACAAAGAAUGUGAAGUAUAAUAUCUACCCGUCCUCCCAAAUUACAUCAGAUAAGUAACCUAUUUUACAUAGUAGGGGCUAAAUACAUAUCUAAUUUUUACCAAUGGUGACAUUAAGCCUAAUUUUCUCAAACCAAGUGGAGACUUAAGUUUUUGACGUGUUGAAGUAUUUUUAAUUUUUCUUAAAUGAAACCACAUUCUAAGUGUUAAAUGAAGCAAUGCUCACAUUAAUUUGCACUCUUGUCGCAAAGUCUAAAAACGCUUACUUCAAAAUAAGGCAUUUCAUGUAUGUAAUUAUAUACUGUUGUGUGUAAACAUUUACACUAAGGUCUCCACAUGCUAUUCUUUUCUACUGAAAACCAUUUGGAAAGAAGCUACUGAGCUGAAAGAGAUAUGGACCAAUACUUGUUUGAGCAUUACUCUCCACCCCAAGAACUACAACUGGCUUGCUGCUUAAAAAGACUUAGCAAAGUUCCCUUGUAUGAUUUAUUCAAACCUACAAUUUACUGCCAGUGUGGGGAGUAGAAUUUCCUGUAUGCUGAAGACUGGUCAAUAUUAAAUACUCUCCUUUCAGAAUUUUUGCCUGGGUUAGUAGAUAUUAAUCAAAGCCCACACCAUGAAGCCAGAACCCUUUUAUGUAAUUCUAAUAAGCUGAGUGACUCUUUAAUACAUGUAAACAUUGAAUCCAAGUGAUUGUGCAAAGGUCUCAUUACAAAGAAAUCAAUGCUAAAUAAUUACACUGACUUCCUAUCAUACAUCUCUAGUUUACUUAUAAUGGACAUGUUGCUUUUUGUGGCAUUUAGACAAUUUAAACUAGCAUUAAAUUACCAAUUUACUAAUUACUUUACUAAAUCUUAUAUUUACAUUUAUAUGUGAAGAAAAGAUUUAGAAAUCAUUUUGGAGAGAAAAGAUAGAAACUGAGUCAAUUUAACGAUCCUGUGACCAGCUGCUCCCUCUAGUUUGAAAGCACACACACAAACGCAAUCUCCCUGUCUCUCUCUCCCUCUCCCCCCGACUCUGUCCGGCUCUCUCUCUCUCUCUCCCUUCUCUCCUUACCUCCCUCAACUAUUAUGAUCAAAGAUGCCUUGACACAGGGGUUUAUACCUCUUUCUCCUGCCUCUUCCUAACCCGCAAGUCUCAAGGAGCCAAAUUAAAAAUAACUGGCUAGCAACAGGCAUAACACUGAUUCUCGUUAGAAUGUAUUUUAAAACCACUCUCUACACAUCGUAUGCUCAAUUACGGCCUUUUUCGGCUGUUCACACUGUAAGAGCAGGUCCUUCUAGGCGGAGGGACGGCAGGACCCUCCACAUGCCUGCGCAGCCACACGGUGGCCACGCGAGGACGGCGCGGGCAGCUCGGGGAUGAAAGGGAAAGGCAGCGUUCUGAACCCUGCCUCUCGCUGAAACGGGUUACAUCAAAGUUAAAAGGCAGCCACGAGGAGGCAAACGGGUAACUGUACUUGAUCUGCAUCAAACAAGGAAGGGCCCUGGGACCUGCAGCGGAGGGGGGAGAGUGGGGAGGGUCUCCAGCAUUGACACGAGACAUUCAGUCAUUACAAAUGACGGUGAUGCCACGCUUUUUAGGGAGAAAAGUGCCACAAGUACUUGGUUUCUUCAAUUAUGUUUUCUCCGGAGAAACUAUUACAUAUCAAGGAUUUAGAUGCAAGUUACCAAUUCAUCCAGAAUUCAUCAUUUUCCCACAGUUCCAUGUAUGUAAGAGCCAAAACCGUGAAAUUAUACUACUGACUUGAUUUUUAGAAGAAUGAGCAUUUUUACAACUGACAUUUGCUGAUGAGGAAAAAGGCAUAGAUUCUUAGAGAAAACCUCUACCAUAAAAAAAAAAGUUAUCUUUUACAUACCAUAACAUGCUUCAUUCAAGGCUUCCUAGGACUGAACUGGAAACAUGUUAAGAUUACAGUAUAACCCGUGAGAUUUAAUACUAAGAUAGAGAUGUCCACUUAGAUUUCGAAGGAAAUGUGUCUCAGCGAAAAGCAGACGAGAUCAAAAACCAUGAUAAAAAUGUGCUCUUUACAUUUUUCUAAGGUGGGUAGGUUAGUCUGGCAAAGUCUCAGCCCAUCUCAGCUGAUCCCGAGCAGUGAACAUCUCAUCUCUGUUCAAGCAGACCCCGGGCCUGCCUGGGCAGGACAGAAGCUGAUUUUACAGCACAGAGCACAGCUCACAGCUUUCUUACGGAACAGCUGGAUCAGAAGCCCCCAUUCCAAAUGAGAGCUCCACAAGCUCAAACUCACCAACCCAUUUAUCAGGGUAACCAUGGCCAUUUGUCAGAGAACAGCUUUGUCACAAUCCAACUGUGUCUUAGACACACAAGAUUCCACUAGCCCUGAAGGAUAGCAGAGAAGCAGUUUCCAUCAUUUCAACCACAACCCCAAAUUAAUUGAAACUGUGAGCAGAAAGGUGAGAAAUAUUGGCCAGGAAUUUGCACAUUAAUCCUAAAGAUUACAGUUAGUAAAAGGGACCAUCAACUGGCAACAUUCUUAAUAUCUGUAAAAAAAAUUCAUGGGAAAAGCAAGCCACUUAGUACUUCAGGGGAACAGCACAGCCAAGGCCACCAAGGCAUACUUUCCAGUUGAAAAAUAACAGAUUGUUUUGGCCCUUCAUUUUUUGGGUAGUGCUCUCUGAGAAAAGCACGUAACAGUGCCAAAUGGCAUUUUCCUUUUUCUUUUAAAGAGCAAACUUCCCCUUUCAAUUGCCUAGAGAAGGCAGGAUUCCUUUAAUUUUGAUCUGUUUGUGUUCUGGUGUCAGUACAGGUUUGAAGACGGAGCUGUUAGUCAUGUGUGCUCCCUUUAUCAACUGGCUCCGGGGAAGAGCAUCACAACUACACUGCAGAUGCUGGUAAUAUAAUGUCAGGCCUUUUGGGAUUUGGUGUCAUUUUAUCCUCUUCAACAACCCCCCCCCUUUUUACAUUUUCAAGGUUUGAGGAAAAUGACUAUUUAAGAGCCAGAAAAAUAAUUAAAUCUCUCUGGAAAAAGGAAGCUAAAGAAGGCUAUGCUACGGUACCCACUUAGUAACCAAGAGCUAGUCUGGAAUCAUUUAUAUUCAUUUCCGUGGCUUGCCAGGGAUUUCAAUCACCUAUCUGAAAUGAGAGUGGGCCGAAACAUUUGCAAAUCCACACACAACUCAGAGAAUACCCACUGCCAACAUCGAACAGCCAAGUUACUAAUUUUUUAAGCCAAAAAUCUGCACUAACACAUGUAAUUUCUUAAUGUGACUAAGUUAAUUUCUGUACCAAUGCAAUGAAUGGAAUUGACUGAACUUCCCAACUGCACUAAUUAUUAAAAUCCAUCUGCUUAAUCUAAUGCUAGUCACCAAGAGUUAAGACUCCACCUUUCCAGUAACAAUGAGCCCUAUGUAGCACUAGGUCUUAAUGCUAAAACUCAAAGCAGGCAUAUCAUUUUCUCAAGGCAUACUUCCUACACAGCUAUGGGGGGCGGGGGGAGGAUGCUUUAAAUGCCCUGUUCUCUCUAAAGUGUGCAUAUCAGUACGAAAUUUUGAAGUAUUAUUUUUAGAACAUGACUUACAUGAUCAUUUUUCUAAUAAAGCAAUACAGUGAC